GCGUUUCACAACAUCCCUUAUCAUAUAAAUAGUCACCGAUCUGCCUCUUACUAUUCUACUUGUUGUCACGCCAAACCCAAUAUGGAUCAAGGAAGAUUAUCCCAUAUUCUUGAAAACACGUAUAUCCCUCCCAAAAAGAGCCUAGCUACCCCCCAGGUGCCUCCUUAUCAUCCCUGUUUGAUAGUUCAGGACAAACAAACAGACGUGACGAAAAUAAAGCCGUGUGGGUGUGCUGACAGUUACUGUGUCAAGAUGGCACCGGAGUGGAUUCCUACUCCUAAGUAGGUCCAUCUCCAUACCCUGAGAUGACAGUGGGACAAGAGUGAAUAGAAUAAUGAGAAACUAAUAUGCAACACUGGCACACCAGUACUAAUAUACAACUACUAAUAUACAAAUGCUACAUGCACAAAUACUGCAUUGGGUAUCACU